AAGGUUUCAAAUAAAAUUAAAUAAAAAAAAUGAUUGAACUUGCCAACUUACUCAGUAUGAUUGUAUUGUAUGUAUAUUGCAUUGUUACUUACAUUUUAUUUUGCGUGGGUACCAGUGUGCGUAUUUAAGCAUCCAUUAUCUGAAACAUGAUAGAAUCCUAUGAAAUUCUGUUGUAUAAACAAUAAUUAAAAACGAACGUAAAACGGUUUUAUUGAUAAAAAUAUUUUUCUAUACGUAUUGGAUAAUCAAACUAAAUAACAGACUCGUACGUAAGCGAACUCAUGGCUGUAACUAUGUUCUUUACACUUUAGUUCUGCAAUAUCUGGGAUGGAAUGUGUUUUUUUAAUUCACGUAUUAGUAUGACAAUAUCGUAGUGCAUAAUGUAAGUAAAUUAUAUCUCUUCGAAAUAUUGUAAUUGUUAAUAAUGCUGUCUAGUGGUUAAGUACAAUUUUUUUUUGUUAAGUUCCCGCCUAAAUUAGGACUUGUGAUAAAUUAAUUUUUGUCUAUGAUUUUUUUUAUUCAAUGAGUGUUGCAUAAUAAAAAAAUAUAUUAUGUCUCAAUGAUACUGCAAUUUGCCAUAAAACAAUGAUAAAUAUUACUUAUGUUGAAUAAAACGACUGUUACCAAACAUCGUAACAUUACUUUUGAAAAAUAAGAGAGAUAAUAAAGACUUAUUUUUCAAUUCUCAUAUAUUUUGUAUCUGCUAUUUUAUUGCAAGUUAAAAGUUUGAAAAAAGGAAGAUGCCUCGGUCAGUAUUUUUUUUAUAAUAUGUCUUGAUUAGGUGCAACAUUGGUCCGGUUAACCCAGUAAUCGAUUACGCGAUGUAUAAAAAGAACCAAGUCUUCCCUCUUUGUUUUUUAUCAUAAAAAUCCGCAUACAACGACUUGUCAGCUCAUCCUGACCCAGCGAAAUUUCAUAUAGCACUCAAAAAAGUUUAUAUUAUAUACAGUAUUGAUGACCAUAUAUUAUUGUCAUGACGGUGGUUUAAUUUCUAUCUCAGAUAUUAUUCAGAAUGUGUUCCAGUAUUUUUGUGAGUCGUGCGAAAGCUUUGCGGCUGUGGCACAGCGUUUAUGAGCUUCGACGUAGGGAGGUAAGGGUAAAACGUAAAAGCUAUUGUAUUGUAUAGGAACUGAUUUCUAAGAAGAUCCUAAAGUAUUGAAAAUGUUACAAAUUUGUAUUUUAUAAAAAUACUGAUGUGGACAAUGUGAUGAUAUCUAUAAGCAAGGACACAUCCGCUGGAUUAAUGACUAGUGCUUAUACUUAGAUAUUUGCAUUUAUCCAUGGUUAUAUUCUAGAAAUCUAUUUGUCUUGAGUGAGUUUGUUUUUCUUGUAAAAAUCUAUUAACUCUUCCUUAAUAAAAUGUUCGAUUUAAGUACAUGUUAAUUGUGAAUUUGAUAUUAUAUAAUUAAAUGUGACUAGAUUCUAUACAUCUAUUUAAUGGUUUUAUAGUCUGGAAAAACUUUCCCUCGAUGGAUUAUAUGACACUAACAUUAUUAUUAUUAAACUAUCUUUAAUUUACUUACAAUACAGAUCUUUGUGAUGUUAGGUAUCUGACUAUAAUCUCACUGUAUUUGUUCCAAGUGCCUUAUGAACAAAUCAUUAUUACAUUCCUACUUACAUUCCAAAUUUUAUGCCUAUUCUUAGUUUAAACUUUCUCGUUACACUGGAUUUAUUAUUACCUAUAUGAAAAUAUUUCUUCAAACUGUAAAGUUAUGAUCUGAUCGCAAAAUCGUUUUUGUUAUCAAUUUUAAGUACUUAAUUAGCCUGUGAUAGAAUACCUACGUCUAAACAUGUAUUAUAUUUCAGUUGUUCUUCAAAAUGUGUUAAUUUAUUGUAUAUCCACCGUUAACAUUACUAGAUGUAUCCACUAUGAAUACAAAUUUGUAAUAAAUUCAUUUUCUAACAUUUUACUAUUUUUUUUCUGCAUUUUUAAUGGAUUAAAAAGACUCCAACAAUAAGAAAUGUCUGUUAUUUUUUUUGCUUACCUAAUGAAAAUAAAAACUUGAUCCCAGAACAGAUACACAUAGGUAGGUACACUUAUUAUAGUUCAUUAUUUUUUAAGACACACACUGCUUUUGCUUUAUUCAUUCUCAAUUAAAAACUUUUUGAUGCGACCAUAAACACGUUCUAUAAAUGAUUUUUAAAUGCCAUUCUACAAUUUUCUCGUUAGUGUUUUAUUUAACCUAUCAAAUAGUGACAAAAUAUUGGCAAAGUGCUUGUUGUAAUGAAUAAUUUAAUUCGAAAUGGCUCCAAUUCGAUAUAGCCUCCACUAUGAAGAUUAUUCUGAACAUUUGAUGUCAAGAUUUGGUAAACUCUUACAAAUGCAAUCUUUAGUCGACAUGACGUUAAUGUGUAGCUCUCAUACUUUGCGAGUUCAUAAAGCUGUACUUGCUGCGAGUAGUGCUUACUUUCAGGAGGUGCUACAAAAACAAACGGGAGAGCCUCUAAUAAUCCUAAAGAUGCGCUUCAGUGUAUUGAAAUGCUUAGUAGAAUUCAUGUACUGUGGAAAAACUCAGUGCCUUGAAGAGAAUUUGGAUGAACUUGUAUCUGCAGCACAGUUCUUAAAAAUUAAAGGACUUUCGAAAGUCACUAAGGAAGGUCUUGGUAUUGCAAAUAACAGUGAAAUGCCAGUCUUCACGCCGCCUGUUGUGAUAAACAGACCUCCGCAAUCACUUAUUGAUUUGCAUUCUCAGGAUACCGACAGUACCAAAGCGCAGCAGUCGUCACAGCUGGCACCAGCUACUAGUACAAGCCAGCCAGUGGAUAGUCUCGGUCGAAUGAAUAAGGACAUGGUAGUCCGCAUUCCGUUUGACAUUGAAAAUGGAGGCAGUGCGCCUACAGUCGACUACCCCGACGUGCCGAGGGCUAUCAAACCACGCCGCGGAAGACCGAGCGUUAGGCGAGCAGGGGCAUGGGAGGGAGCUGGAUCACUAGGCCGUGCUGCCGAACGAGCCUUGCUGCGACGAGAACAGGACUCACGCAAGGCCAUACACCAGUUGAAACAUUUGCAGACUAGACAUAUGCAGGACUAUAUGGACCGAGUGACUCUCUCACAAGCCGUCAACAGCAUUUGCGGCCCAGAAUCUUCAACCAACUACAUGAAUAUCGACAACGAUCUCAUGUAUAUGGAUCAAACGGUCUCGUCCAACGUGCUUGAUCCCACCAUCGCAUAUAAUAAAGAGCACUCGAUAGGCAAUGAAACGAUCACUAGCUAUUCCAACACCAAUCCCACCAGUUCUGCUGAAACGUCCACAAGUGGUAUUAGUACGGCUAUGUCUCAAUACGUUAAUGCGUUGAAAAAUGCAGGACUUCCUACAGAUUUGCCAAUUCUCUUUGAAUCUGGAGAUGGUUCCUACAUCAACGUCAAUGAACAAGUACUACUAGACAUGGUGCAAAGCAGCGAAAUUCAAUACGAAGUUAUAGAACAACCAAAUAUAAUCGAAAAGGUUGCAGACCCGAGUGAAAUAAAGAGCAUCGAUGAUCUAUCGAAAUCUAUAGAAAGAGGAGAAAUGCUUCUUGGAAAUAAAGGGUAUGGUUCAAACUCUGAUUACGAUAAAGAUUCUUCUCAAUACAAUCGCAACGAAGAUACGAUCAACAGCCUGAACGCGAUACUACCAGAUAACUUGGAAUCCUUCGAAGAACAGCAAAACUAUGUUGUGUUAGACCCGCGCUUACAAGAAAAUAACAGUUCAAUAGAUCAUGUAAAUGCUCAUGACUUCUCCUGCAUCGACGGUGACAUGCAAUUCUUCACUAAAUCUAUGAGCGAUGACGUAAAGAAAUAUUACGAAGAUCAGCAACUACAUGACGCUCGAGUUAUUGAGCAGUUAUGUCCUACAAGUAAUUCAUUAGACACGAAUUUCAGUAUUUCAUUACUUGACACAAAGAGUUCACAUUUGAGUUCAAACUUAAGUCAACAGUAUAAUCCUCUUAACCCUGAAGAUUUGAGAAGGAACGAAGACUGCUAUGACUUCGGGCUGCAACUACCACAAAGUGCGGUUUUUAAAGAAGAUGCUCUUGAUUGCCUGAUGUCGACACCGAAACGUAAUGAUGACGACCAAAAUACUUACGAGGAUAGCACACAGCUAGAUCAACGGGCGCAGGAGAGAGAUGAAAUUAUAAAAGAUCUAAUGAACAUUGAGAACAAAAUGAAUAUGGUACAUAAACAUGAUUCGAUAGCUAAGAAUGAUCAAGACAAUUUAAAUUCAAGCUCUAACGUUCCAGAUUUUAACGUGAAUCCGCUGAAUGUUCCAAACGUGUUUGAGAAUGAGUCUGAAAAUAGUAAAGAAUUAAACAAUUCAAAGAACAGUAAUGGAGACUUGUCUGCAACAAUAACUUCGAGUGGAUUGCAGUGGGACAGUUUAGACAUCAAUAGCAAAGAACCCGAUGAAACUGACGACAACGUAGGAAACGAUUGUGGAACUAACAACGAAAGCCAAAUCGAUUCGCUGACGUCAGAAUCUCAGUAUCAAGAUUCUGUGAUAGAUUUAACUGGGCCUGUAAAUGUCAAAGCCGAGCAAUGGGGCGAUAUAAUGACUGAAACCGAUGAACUGAAUAAAGAAAAUGAACAGCCUACUGCAAACGAUAACAACAUUAAUUCUACGAUAGAAAAUAAUAUUCCAUAUGCAGUGGGAUUGCUGCCUCUAAAACAGGUCCAACCAGCAGAAGAUGGAAGUUUAUUGAAAAGGAAAAAUUCCAUUGAUGUUGAUUUACUAGAUAAUGUAGAUGCUAAAUGUUUAAAACGUAAGGUCAAAUACAAGAAAUUGUGAUAAAAUGUUGCUGUGUUUAUAAUAAAUA